AUGGUCGAGGGCCUGGCGAAGGCUGGUGUGAACGUCAUUCGUUUAGGGCGACCCGAGGCGGUGCGACCUGAUUUGGCGCGGUAUCAAAUCGAAAACGCCAUUCCGCCGGGGGCGACGAAGCACGAGGCGUAUGAGGCGCAGUUGCGCGCGGUGCGUUACGCACAAGCCGUGUGCGCGACGUGUUCGGGAUCUGGAAGCGACUUCCUCGAUCGAAUCAACUUUAGUGCUGUGAUGUUGGACGAGGCGAGCCAAGUGACCGAGCCCAUGGCCCUCGUUCCGCUUGCGAACGGUUGUCAACAGCUCGUCCUCGUGGGCGAUCACAAACAACUUCCGCCGACGGUGGUUUCGCGCGAAGCCGAGCUCGCGGGCAUGACACUCUCGCUGUUUGACCGCUUGAUUCGGGCCGGGGUGAAGCCGUACUUGUUAGACACGCAGUUCCGCAUGCACCCGGCGAUCAGUUACUUUCCGUCGCUGUCGUUUUACAAGGGUCUCGUGAAGAGCGGCACGCCAGCCGCCGAGCGUCCGGCGCCCAAAGGAUUCGCGUGGCCCAUUCCGAGCGUGCCGAUCGCGUUCUGUCCAUCACCUCAAGACGCCAUGGAAACUAACGAUAAUAUGAGCUACUCAAACAAAGUCGAAGCCGAGCGAGUGAUGAAGAUUCUCACCGAUCUUCUCCAAGCGAAGGAGUUGCGCGAGUGCAACAUCGGCAUCGUGACGCCGUACGCGUCGCAGGUGCGACUGAUUCGAUCGAUGUUACGCGCGCGAGGCGUGCGUACGGGCGUGGAUAGAGAAACCGGCGAAGCCGGGGUCGAAGUGUCUUCCGUCGACGGCUAUCAAGGUCGAGAAAAGGAGCUCAUGAUAGUCUCCACCGUGCGCGCGAACAACCUCAACACCAUCGGUUUCGUCGCGGACGCUCGACGAUGCAACGUCACGCUCACGAGGGCGCGAAGAGGCGUCAUAGUCGUCGGUCACGCCUCGACGCUUUCACGCGAUCGACGCACAUGGGGCCCUUGGGUGCGGUGGGUGCAGAAAUCCGGUCUUACGCUCGGCGUCAAGGGUCGACGCGAAGACAUCGAGGCGGUGCGAGCGAUUGAAGCGGACGUCCAAAACGCGCCGGCGAGGCGACUCGUGCCCCCACCGCGCGGACUCGUUCCUAGAGGUAUGCGUUAGAAAUGACACGACUAUUGUACACACACACGAAGAUUCUUUUACGAAAACUCGCAAAACCAGCGACUCGAUUCGCCACUCUCGGGACGAGGCAUCUCGCGCGCGUCGUCUCUGUUCGACGAAGCGUCGGCGCCGUCGUCGCCCCUUUGCUCGAAUCGCACAUCGGCGUACUCUCCCGCCAGGAGUUUCGAGAAUCGCUCGUCGAACCAUUUCGCGAACGCGUCGUCGCGUCGCACUAUUCCCUCGUCCACCGCGAGUUCGCGAAGACCCUGAUACGCCGAGGGAAACUCGAGACAUUUUCGCUCGCCGCCGAAUCGCUCCAGCGCGCGCUUCAUGCGGUCGUUCUUCACGCGCUUCUCCCCGCGCGAAGCCUCCUCGCGCGCGACCGGCGCGGCCGGCGCCUCGGACGCGCCGUCGCGCGCGACGCCCACGAGUCGCUCCGCGAACGCCACGGCGUCUCGUCGCGACAUCGGAAAGUCAUCGACGACGUUGUACGCGUCGCUCGCGGCUUCGCCCGCGCGCAUCGUCGCCGCGAUUAAAUUCACCGCGUCUCGCACGUGCACGCGACUCGUGUACGCGCGCGACGCGCGCGCGCGCUGACUCGCGCUUUCGCUCUCCCCCCUCGCCCUUCGCUUCACCGUCUCCAGCGCGUUCCUUCCCGGCCCGUAAAUCCCUCCGAGGCGGUAGGAGACGACUUUCAAUUCGCCGUUCGCCGCCUUCGCGAGCGCCGACCAUCGCUCUUCGGCGUCGCGUCGCGUCUUCGCCGUUCCCGACGCCGCCCGGCGCGCGCUCGUCUCGUCCACCCAUCGUCCCUCGUGAUCGCCGUACACCGCGGUCGUGCUGCAGUACCCCACGAACCGCGUCCUUCGUCGUCCCGCGUCGUCCCGGCGCGCCGCUUUUAACGUCCUCGCGAACGCGUCGUACACCGGAUCCCUCCACCCCUCGCCCGUCUCCGCGCUUACCGGCGGCACGGCGACGAUGACGUGCGUCGCCCGCUCGACCAUCGCUUCGAUCGCCUCGGAGUCGCCUCGCGUCCCGCGCCACGUCGUCGUCGUCUCGUCGUCGUCCCUCGCACGACGUACCCUUCUUUCG